GGUGAGACUUGUCUAGUCAUCCCACCUCGAUGGCAGGAGGAGCAUCCGACCAGUUUGCCCGUUCCUGACGGCCGAGACGGGCGGUUACCAGAUCCGACGACGUCACGGCAUCGAGAGAGAUGACGAACGGAGAAGAAAGGAUGGGGAGGCAGGAACGAAGUGACAUUUGCCUCAUCAUUAAAAAGGGCAACGCCAGCUACGGUGACAGCUCAAAGGGGAGAGAGCCGAGAGAGAAGGUAGGCUGGUAGAGGCGAGACCCCUCCCUUACCGCCAAGGUGGGCCACAGCGGACAGCGGCCGCCAGCGCAGCGGCUUCCUUUACGUCAUCACGCUUCCGAGACGAGAUCUGCGUGUGGAAGAAAGCGAGGACCCUUUAGCUAGUGCUUCUGCCAUUUCACCAGGCUAACCAGUUCCAUUCACAAGGAUGCUUUAACAAAGUAGAAAAUCGCCCAGAAGGUGGACAUGGGUAGAAAAGGAAAGUGGUUUAGUGCUGUCAAGAGGGCCUUCAUCCCCCAGUGCUGCCGAGGAAACCCUAAAGAGAGUCUUGAUAAUGUUAAGGUUUCCGAUUCACUUCCUAUAAAAGAUGUGGGAACUACUGGUGCUGCUGCUCAAUUGUUACUACCUGCUCCCAUUGCGGAGGCUAAGUUGAUCGAGAACGGGGAUGAACAGAAUAAGCAUGCCUACUCGGUGGCGCUCGCUAGUGCUGUUGCUGCGGAAGCUGCAGCUGUCGCGGCUCAGGCUGCGGCAGAGGUUGUCCGCCUGACCACCUCCGCAACCAGGCAAACUGGUGAAUCAAGCGAAUUUAUUGCUGCCGUCAAGAUCCAGUCUGCUUACCGAGGUUACCAGGCAAGAAGAACAACUAGAACUUUGCGAGGACUUAACAGGUUGAAGAGAGUGCUGGACGGAACUGCUGUCAAAUCUCAAACUAGAAACACAUUGCAGUGCAUGCAAACAAUGGCAAGAGUGCAGGCACAGAUACAUUCAAGACGGGUCAGAAUGACAGAGGAAAACCAGGCUCUCCAGAGGCAUCUGCAACGGAAACAUGAAAAGGAACUAGAGAAAGUAAAGAUUGCGGAGGAAUGGGAUGAUAGCCCUCAACCCAAAGAGAAAAUUGAAGCAAAGCUACUGAAUAAACAGGAAGCUGCUAUAAAAAGAGAAAGAGCUCUAGCUUAUGCAUUUUCCCAUCAGGUGUGGAGGAGUUCAUCUAAAUCCCUGACUCCAGUAUUCACAGAGCCAAGCAAUCCGCAAUGGGGAUGGAGCUGGUUGGGACGCUGGAUGGCAGCAAGGCCAUGGGAGAACCAAAGCUCAAAGGAAACUAAUGAUCAUGCCUCAAUAAAGAGCGCUAGCUGCAGUUUCAUUGUCCGCACAUCAAAACAACGUGACGCUAGCUUCGAACGCACUCCAUCCGCAGCUCAAAAAUCAAGCCGGCCUUCGAGCCAUUGCUCACCUGCAACCCCAAGCUGCAUGACACCAUCUGUUGCAAGCAGAAAGAAAUCAGAGAGCCCAAGAGGUCGCCUGUGCUCCGUCGAUGAUGACUCGAGGAGCAUGCUCAGUCUGCAAUCCGAGCGGCGAAGGAGGUUCAGCAUUGCAGGAUCAUCAAUAGGCGAUGAUGAAAGCCUCGGGUCCUCGACUGUACCUAGCUACAUGGCGUCUACAGAGUCAACUAGAGCCAGGUCCCGAUGCCACAGCCCACUAGUGUGUGAUAUUGCUGGAACUCCUGAGAAAGGGUCAGUUCGCUCGUCAAAGAAGCGCCUCUCCUUUCCUUCAGUCGACAAGAGCUGCAUCUCGUCUUCUGCAAACCUUAGGCGCUUUUCAGGCCCUCCAAAGCUAGGCAUUUCUCCUGUGAAGGUUGUAACUACCGCCAGUGAAGAACAAAUAGCAAACAAUUGAAGGAGUGCUUACUUGAUCUAGCAGCAGAUUAGCUACUAAUUUAGUGCGUCGGUUUGAGAGUUCUUGAUUAGCUUGUUUGUUAGCGUUGUGAUUCGUGAUUACGUUUGUGAAAGUUUGUCCAAAUGGAGUUCUCGAUGUGAGCUUAUUGUCUUCAACAAACUGUUGUUGGUGUGUUUGCUAUUUACUUUUCUUUCAGUUUAACA